GCAACAACCGGCACGAAGCCCCUUAAGCCUUCCACAUCCGCUUUCGUCCUUCCUCUUCCGGUCACGGCGAUAGCAGCUUCAAAAUGGUGCAGCGCCUGACUUACCGACGUAGGUUGUCCUACAACACGGCGUCCAACAAGACCAGACUGUCCCGAACGCCUGGCAACCGCAUCGUGUACCUGUACACCAAGAAGAGGGGCAAAGCCCCCAAGUCAGCGUGUGGCAUCUCCCCAGGAAGACUGCGCGGAGUCCGAGCUGUGAGACCUCAGGUUCUUAUGAGGCUCUCCAAGACCAAGAAGCACGUCAGCAGGGCUUAUGGAGGCUCCAUGUGCGCCAAGUCUGUGCGUGACAGGAUCAAGCGUGCUUUCCUGAUCGAGGAACAAAAGAUCGUCGUCAAGGUGCUCAAGGCGCAAGCACAGAGCCAGAAGUCAAAGUAAAUUGUCUGUUUGUAAUGCCACAAUCAAAAUAAAAAAACACAAAGAAA